AUGUCCACUUGGGCAUCACACAUCCGCCAUCAAUACCGAUUACUACAGCAAGCUCUGGUACGAGUUCGUGACGAUCCUCCGACCGGAACUUUGACGGCGCAUCGUUUGUCCUCGUCUCCUUCGACACCUUCUGCGAGACGGGGAAGCCAGCAGACUGAAGAGGAACCGCAUGCAGAGGAGGCGGCGGCCCCCGAGCACGACGAGGAGACGGCGACUGUAGGACCAGAUGAGAAUGACGAUGAGGAGUUGGGCCGAGACCCCAGCACUCCUUCUGCUCGGAGGCCGAAGAAACGUAAGGACUCAGAGAGUGAUAACUCAGAGAAAGCCUUGGAAGAUGUGAAGCUGUGGGAUCAAGAAGAAGAACAUCUUCCCGACGUCCUCCCGAGCGAGCUCCUCGGAUGGCUACUGCUGCGCCGGGCCCAGCUGCCGAAUGCCGCCCGUUUGGCGAUCCAGGCUGCGGCUGGGAACAGCUUGAAGUUUGAGGCGGUGGAGAAGGCGAUGAGGUCCAUGGAAGAGGAGUUGGUGGGAAACGAAGCGAUGAAAGGCCAUGGUAAAGGAGACAGCAGGCGACGUACCUUUUGGGUGGAAGAAGAAGGCCAUUGGUCCCUCUUGAUGACGGACGAGGCCGACAUGGGCGAUAUCCUCGAGACGUCACAUCUGAUGUAUGUUGGUCAGAGACUUCCGCCUGAAGUAUAUCCUGACAAUUCACUUUCUCCCGCAGACGCAUGGAUGUCCGAGGGAAUCACCGACUGGUGGGAGGACGAGUCCUCUCCUUCGUACUCCGAGCCUUGGCAUACUUCUUGGGCCGCUUGGGAGGGCUUGGAGAGCUUGACACCAGAGGAGCAGCGCGAAGUUGAUGAAGCUUUUGCUGUCGCUGAGGGUAAGGCUCGAACUUUCCUUCAGGCCAGACAAGCCGUCCGAGCUCGAAAUCUUUCCAGAGGUUUCUACCCGUUUAGUCCUCAGCACAAGGGCUCGAAAGGCAAGGGCAAGUCAAAGGGAAAAGGGAAGUUUCACAGGCCUCCCUCGUCAAUGGCAGCCUCCUCGGCGGCACCCACCUUUUUACAUGAUGAGCUACCACCGGAUCCGCGCCCUCCGAUGGCGAUGGCUGCAGUGGGUCAAACCAACUACUCCGGGUGCUUUAUCUGUGGGGACAAGAACCACGACUUCAGGCAUUGCCCUCGAAGAACGCAGGGCAAGGGAUCCAAGGGAGGUACCAAGACCGGCCACGUGACUUACCUGCAGGGCAUGUCGAAUGUCUUUAUGGUCCAGGACCUCCGAGAUCCAGAAGAUGAAGCCGAAGAGCACGAGGCGAUCCUGCUCCAGACCAAGGAGGUUGAGAACGAGAUGGCGGGCUAUGGCGUUAUCGACAGCGGCGCCACGGAGACCGUUGGCUCCCUUCCGGCUCUGGAAGCUCUCAUGGGCGCCCGUGUUAAGGCUGGUGGAUGCAAUGAGGUCAAGGUGGUGGACACACCCCCGAAAAGGUUCAAGUUUGGGAACGGCGAGCACGGCUACUCGGCCUCUUACCUGCUGAUUCCUCAGACUGUGGGCGAUGUGAACAUCCACUUGGGAAUUUACACUCUUGAUGUGGUGGGAGUUCCUGUGUUGGUAGGCAUUCGCACCCUUCGCAGGCUGAAGACUGUGAUAGACUUUGAGCGUUGCGUAGCAGUCUUUAGUGCAGUGGAUCCUUCCCUCGGCAUUCCUUUGAGGCGGAGCAAGGCGGGACAUCUUCUCCUGAAUUUGACUGAGGACCUGCUUAGCCAAGGUUUCCGACUGGACAAUGUUCCACCUGCAAUUCUGCAUACCACCGAUGUGGAGGAAGCAGCCGCAGAGACUCCAAGCCCCGCCUACAUGGUGACGAAAAUGAUAAAGUCGGAUGCCGAGAGAGAGUGUGAUUCAGUGCCGGAUCAGAUUGCAGGAGAAUGCGCUCACACUGUGAAUGAGAACCAUGUCCCCGAAGCUGAAGCCCCCCACGAGAGUGUCGACGUGUUGACAACAUCUUCUCCGGUGCCCGCAGUGAACGCUCAAGAAGGGGAUUCAAUGAAAUCACUUUCGGUUCUGCGCACCCUCGCUGCCUAUCAUGGGAACAAGAAGGCAGCUACCAAGUUGAAACAGGCCCCUCCUUUGGACCACCACCGGGAGGAAGGGCCGGACCCGAGGGAUCCGAGGACCUCGGGAGCGCCAUGCUGGGGCAACCAUGUGGUGGCCAAGUCCUACAAGGGAUCACCGACGGGAUCCAAUCAAUACGCGGCUUGGGAAGGAUGUGCCAACUGCAAGCUUCGACUGAAGUACACUCCCCGAGCAGGGUGUCACGCGAUGAAGAGGGCCUCCGGACCGCUUGGAGCGGAUACGAAGGAGGUAUUGGCCACCCUUCCGAACGACACGGAGGAGUUCCCUGUGAACAGAGACAUUUCACUGCAAGCCGCGGAAAACUCAGCGCUUCGCCAGCUCGAACAUGUUCGUCGUCUUCGCCAAGGAGUCCCGAAGGCCAAGAGCAAGAUGCCUCCCAAGGCGAAGGGCUACCUCAAGGAGGCCACCGAGGAACCCGAGCAGGCGGCAAUCACCCCCGGGGAAGAGGAGUCUCCUCUGUCCCCACAUACCAUUCUGAUCGAGGGCGAGUCGACGGGAGUACGAGUACCAGGGAAGGACGAGCCACUCGAGUACGUGACUGGUUAUGUGAAGUUGCUGGAACCCGAGAAGGUGAAGGAUAUGGUGUCCGAGCUGAUCAAGCAGAAGGACUUCUCGCAUGAGGCGCUGGAGAAGGUCCUCUAUAAUCUCCAGGCUCAGACCAUCGGCAAGACUCGGAAGAUCCUUCAGCCCAAGAACAAGGAGGCCUUCGCCCUCAACUUUGGCUUGUAUGCCUAUGGAGCCCUCUUUGGCAUUACAAAGGCCACCGAGGCAUAUCCCGAGCUGUGCCGCUACAUCAAUUUGUGUGUCGGGCAAUGGUUUCCUGGUCAGCAACUAACCUGGACGUCGUUAACAGUCAAUGUGAACACUCGAGCGAGGACUCACCUGGAGGAGAACUGUGGCUCCAAGUACCUCCGGAUGAUCCAGGAGAAGGCCAUCCUCUACAUUGGCAAACCCUUCCUCAUGGACCUCGAGUUCCAGGAAGCCGGUUUCGUUAUCCCCUCCAAGGCUUCGAUCACCAAAGGAGAGACUGCCUGGGAUGCAGUGGAAACCUUGGAGACCGGGGACAAACCGAAUGAAGAGAUCCUCACUUUGGAAGAGCAGGAGGAUAUCCUGCUGACGCUGCACGAGGUGGAGGAAGAAGUUGAGGCCAUCCUGGGAGUUUACCCUAAGGGGAGUCGCUUGGAGGUGCUUCAGGUGUGCUCUUCCUGGGCACACGAUGAGAAGAUCCACAGCUAUCUCGACCAGGCUGCUUGGAACGUCGAGGUGGCCGGCUUGAACAAUGGGUGUGAUCUGGUCUCCAAGAAAGGCCUCGAGAGAACUCUUCAGAUGGUUCAACGACGAAGACCUCAGUGGCUAUGGUGCUGUGUGCCACCUUCGGUGCUGAAGACUCUGGACCCUGAGGCGAUGAUCUAUUCCAACAACAAGGCCGUGAUGAACUCCGUGAAUGAGAACCUCGAGGAUGACGAAGAAAUUUGGAAGGAGGAUAUCUAUCGAACAGUACAAGCCCGACCUAUGUUGUGGAGCUGGCCAAGGCAACAGAACAUGUCCGGCGACUUCAUCGACGAUUUGGCCAUCCACCUCCUGGUCAAGAAUUUACAAGCGAGGAAUGCCGAUCCUCGACUUGUGGCCAUUGCAUCUCAGCUUCAGUGUGAUGAGUGUCAGGAGUCUAAGAUUAAGUUGCCUGGUCCGAUCGUCAACCUGGACAAAGAAGAAAGGUUGUGGGCCUGUGUUCAGGUGGAUGCUUUCUAUCUGAGAGUCGGCGACCAGGUGCAUCACUUUCUCCUGAUGGUUGAUGAGGCCUCUUCCUAUGCCGUAAUCAGGGAGUUGUUCCACCAUCAUGAAACCGAAGGUCGGAACAUGACGGGAGAGGAGGCAGUGAAGGCCAUCAUGGAAGGAUGGAUCCAAUAUUUUGGAUUCCCUGAUACCCUCAAAUGUGAUUUAGAGGGCGCCCUUCGAUCUCAUGAGCUCAACAACCUCUGCGCAGAAAAUGGAGUGGAGUUGAUACCAGCUCCAGCGGAGCACCAUGACAGUAUUGCAGAGGUAGAGCGCAGCAUUGGUGUGCUACGACAUCGGGUGGAGACGUUUUUGAGAGGAAAUCCUGGAACCCCUGGCCAAGCAGCUCUGGCUAUGGUCACCGCCCACAACUCGAUGGCGAGGGUGCAUGGAUACUCGCCAUUGCAGUGGGCCCUGGGAAGAGAAUGGACCCCAGGACAACGACUUUUUGAAGGAGCUCAUGAAGUUCCAACAGAGGAAUCGAAGGCAACGCCAGGAACACGGUGGCAUGACGUCCACAACCUACGUUUGGCUGCCGAGAAGGGUUUCCUAGAGUACAAGGCUAAGGCGCAAGCGAGCCGGGCCCUGAAUUCCAAGGUGCGGAAAAUCACCCAGUACCUGCCCGGAGAUUUGAUUUACUACCGUCGAGUCCAACAUCCUAGUGACCGACCCUCCAACAACCUUGUGGAUCGGCCAAGGUUGACAACGGCACGCUGGUUUGGACCAGGGAGGGUGCUGGCUUGCGAGACAAAGAAAGAGCAAGGGCAUCGCAAACCCAGUAGCUAUCUCUGGGCGAUCUGCAAUGGACGUCUGAAGAAGUUCCAUGUGAAUCAGGUGCGCCAUUGCAGUGAGGCCGAGCGCCUCAUUGCCGAAUCCACUGAUGUGGUCACUAUGCCGUGGACCCUUUCAAGUUUGACGUCACUGUUGAACAAAGGUGCCUACGAUGACGAGACCCGACCAAGGAGGAAGUAUGGGGUUGCUUCAGUACCCCAUAAGCUACGUCGACGGCAGGCCCGAGCGUCCCUAGAACCUCGACAGGCACGACCUCCAGUCCAUCGAAGGCCCGAUGCAGCUACCUUUGACUCAGAAGAGGAAAUGAUUCCUGAUGCCAAGAUGAAACGAGCUCGCGAAGGUGAUCCUGAUGGAAGGGAAGACCCUAUGGAAGAGCCAGAGAUCGAUGUGGACCGGUUGCUGAAUGACCCAGGCUACUGGCCGGAGGCACUGCCGGAUCGAGGUGCUGGAAAUGAUUUCCGAGCCCAGCGAGCACGACAUGAACAAGAAGAUCGCCCGUGGCAUGUUCAAAACGCUGCCAAUGUGAACUUGGCGGUGGAGGACUUUGAGAUGAUCCAGGACAUCUUUUCGGUGAUCGUGGAUGUUCCGGCGGAUGACAUUGGCUGGAGGAAGAUUAUCAAGGACCCCUCCAAGUUCCUGUCAAAGCAAGUUCACAAGGGGGUGGAAGUUUCCUGGGCGAGAUUGUCUCCCACACAACGCGUGGCGAUGCAGGAGGCGAAGCAGGCUGAGGUGAAGAGCUGGAUCGCCAAUGAUGUGGUGAGAAAGGCUAUUCCGGGGAUCUCUCCGGAUCAGGCCUUGAAGAUGAGAUGGGUAUUGACCUUUAAGACGGCCAAGGACGAAAUGCCCAACAAGAUGAAGGCCAAGGCCCGGUUGGUUCUGCUCGGAUAUUCCGACCCGAAUUUGCUAGAGAAUCCUACGAGCAGCCCAGCAAUGAGUCGUCUGUCACGGCAGUUGGUGUUGAACCUCGGUGUCCAGAAGGGAUGGCGAAUCAUGAGCGGAGAUGUGAAAACCGCUUUUCUUCAGGCCAUGUCGCCAGAACGAGUUUCUCCAUUGUUCGCUCGACCCGUGGAGGAACUAGCAGUGGAGAUGGGACUGGCCCCCGAAGACAUGGUCGAGGUGAUGAAAUCCGCCUAUGGCCUCACCACUGCACCUCGAGAAUGGUAUGUCGAUUUCGAUUCCACCGUGCGGGACCUGGGUGCAAGAAGAUGCCAGACAGACCCGUGUGUUUGGGUGGUCUCCGAGAAUGACGUUGUCGUUGGCGUUCUAGGAACGCACGUGGAUGACGUGCUCUUCCUUGGAGAUGAACAGAGCUCUACGUGGGUGAACUUCCUCCACAAAAUUCAUGCUGCGUAUCAAUGGUCUCCCUGGGAAGUCGAGGACUUCCAGCACUGCGGAGUGAGACUCCAACAGUGGGAGGAUGGAUCCAUCGACCUGAACCACUCCGAGUUCUGCAAGGACAUCGCCCAGAUGGCGGCUAGAAAGAAAGGUGAUGAUUCACCCUUGAACGAUAAGGAAGUGACGCAGGCUCGUGCCAUAAUGGGGGCUAUCCAGUGGAGAGUCACCCAAACGGCACCUCAACAUGCUUCAAAACUGUCACUUCUGCAGAGCUCUUUGUCCUCACGAAGUCCCGAGAUCAUCGAGAACCUGAAUAAAUUGGUCCGCGAGGUGCACGCGAACAAGAACGUGACCACGAAGGUGCAGCGGUUGUCCUGCGCCGCUGAGGAUAUGAUUCUGGUGGGUUGGAGCGACGCCGCUCUUGCCAAUCGGCCAGACGGCGGCUCGACUGGUGGCUAUUUGUUCGGCUUUAUGUCCCCGACAGCCGUGGCUCGAGGAGAAGGGCGUGUCAAUCCAUUGGCCUGGCGGUGCAGCAAGUUAGCACGAGUAGCACGCUCGUCGCUAGCAGCGGAGGCCCAGGCCCUUGCUGACCUCGAGCAAGAAGUGAUGUUCACGAGGUUGGAGUGGAGAGAACUGCUCGGAGAUCAGAUUGACUUGGCAUCACCGGCUUCAACUACGAAGAAAGUGAGAACCAUUUUGCUCAUCGACGCAAAAGCCCUCUACGACACCAUGGAAAAGGGCGAAAUCGCGAGCUCAGGGUAUUCGAUGCGAGAUAAAUAUACGGCACUAGAGCUCCAAGCACUGUCCCAGCAUCUGCGUGAACAAGAUACAACAUUGCUUUGGACGGAUUCAGACCGGCAGCUUGCAGACGGUCUGACAAAACCCCAGAAGCAGGACUGUCUUCGCAAGUUCUUGAUGACUGGCACGUGGCUUCUGAGACAUGAUGGAGCAUUUAUCAGUGCUAAGAAGAGGAGAAGUAUGGGCCUGGAGACCGGAACCAGGUGA